UAAUUGGUUCACGUGCGGAUCAAUAGACCCGCCUUCUUAAAAUGGUGGUUUCUCAUUGGUGUAACGCGAGUUCCGUCACUAAAAUGGAAAAACGAUUGGCUUCUAUUCGAAACCAAUCAACCAUUUUCUUACGCGUCAAUCACGUUGAGGACAACACGCUUAACGGUACCGAAUUUAAAAUAUUUUCGUAGCAAUUUUCCUCAAUGUUUCAACAGAAUACAAUCCGGGUUACGAAUCGUAUAUUUUGGCAUACAAGUUAUACUUUGUCGAGAUCAUGGACUCAGUUAUCAAGGACAAGACUACUGCACGUACAACCGCUUGCAUCAGGGACCAGUCAAUGGUCCUCUUCACAGUCAAGACACAGCAGUGGUCCGACUUUGCCAGUAGCUUUCAGGCAGUAUCGAAGAGACGUACCUCGACAUAAAUUCUCUACCACAACACACGUCUGCAGCGAUUCUAUUGGGAAGAUUCAUUCAACUCAUUACCACUUGGUUUACACAUGCAAGGUGUGCUCAACCAGGUCAACGAAGAGGAUAUCCAAGGUAGCCUAUCAUAAAGGUGUUGUCCUAGUGACCUGCCCAGGAUGUGAAAAACACCACAUUAUUGCUGACAACUUGGGUUGGUUCUCUGAUCUGAAGGGAAAGAGGAACAUUGAGGAAAUCCUUGCAGCGAAAGGGGAGAAAGUGAAGAGGGGAGAAGAAGAGGCGGCCUUCGAGAUUGUUAUAGAGGAGUCCGGCAAGGAUACAACACAGACUGCUCAAGAUGCAAAGAAACCUUCACCAGAGUCUGACUCAGGAAACCAUGACUAACUCUCUGUGGGUGUGUGUGCGCACAACAAGGACAUCGUUCUCUAUGAGGGGAAAAAUUGCUAUUACUAAGUAAAUGUAACACUUCUUUUGAUAUUUCUUUCUCCAUAUUGUUUUCAUAAGAUGUUGAUAAUUUCUUAUCACACUAUGUUAUACCAACUGAACACUACUGCCAGAAUAUUCCUUGGGUUUACACCAAUCUUACUACUACUGCACUGAUCACACUCAAACAGAAAAGGCUGAUGCUUGCAAUUCAUUUUUAUUGUAAAGUUGUAUGAUAUGAAGCAGGAAGAAUUAACAUUCAAAGGCCCAUUUAGGGCCAUGGCAAACUGCCUAUCAUAGACCCUCUCCCUCUUCCUCCAUGAUGUCCUCCAGCAGCACAUGAAAGCAAUGCUGUCAAUCCACAUGGAAGCAGAACAUAGAGUGCUCCUGUAAAACAAUUAUUCCGUCAGGAAUUAAUCAAACAGACAUUGAACGAAUGGGAUUCACAGAAAAUACAAUUUGUCUGAGAAAUUUCAAUCAUGAGCCCCGGUUGUGGAGCCCCUAUCCUCUCAUCACAAGCCCAAGCACUUACCUCAUCU